AUGAGAACUCGCUCCCCACUGGAUCUCGCGACAACAAGCGCAACGUCACCUUUGCAACCAACCAACAAUCAGUCCACUAGAGGACCUCUAUCUUCCAGAUCAGCCAACUACCACACGUCGCCUGCUGUCAAAUCUAUGCUUUUACAACCAAACGAUUCUCAAGGAAAUAACUGGCAGUUCAAAGUUACUGUGCAGGCCGAACAAAUGCCUACAUCAGCAAAGUCCACCACAAAAACACAACUCAUUUCCUUACACGAUGUGGAGAACACUCAAGUCCCGGAUCUCUGCCCUGUCUCUCAAUUAGGUGACCACGCUGCGACAGACUAUUCAUUAUCGGAGAUUGAGUUCCCCGAGGACCUAAUGCAGUCUUCUCGUCAUCCACCAGCGGUCGACUCGCUAUCACCCGAGCCGUCGCGACCGAACGUCUCUCGCAGAACUCCCGCAAGUACCCGCAUCGGCUCUUCCAGGAAACGAUUUGGCAGCAGCUUCACAUUCACAUCACGCCGCGCAGAUCCCAUUACCAUAGAUGGACCGCAAUUUGAACAAGAUGAAGAGCCAGAGGCGGCACUCGGCGCUUGUGCUCCUGGUGACGCGACCAUGCUUGAAAGUGAAGAAUUCAGUAUGAUAUCUGUCGAUUCCUUGCCUAGCCGAGUCGCUGGCCAUUCAUCUCCCUCGCAGGCUCUCCAAGCUACUGAGGGCAAUGUUUCUGUCAAUCGCUCAUACAUGCCGUCGUCACCNCCUGCCUUUGUUGCUGACAGGACCACCCCGGUGCCCGAAGAUUCGACUCCAGAGAAUCCCAGGGCUCCACAACCAUCGCAAAAUCAUGAAGCCGAGAUUGCCACACCUCUGAGGGAAAGCGCGCGCAAGUCUGGUAGAGCGUUGCAGGAUGCACUGAAUGGUCCGUUCCGCGAGUCCGUGUCAAGAGAGCUACCAUCUGCACGAGAAUCCAUCUUCAACGGCUUCAGCUCUGGCACCAGGCACCAACUGCACCAGAGUCUACACACUGGCCAGAGCUUGGCCUCUCCAUCAGCUAUGCAAAAUGCGCCCAGACUUGUACCUACUACCAACACGAUGCACAACUAUCUGUCCCCCUUCCACAGCCCAGUGCGACAACAGGAGACUUUCGACUCUCUUCCCAGCCGUCUUCUCACUCCCGAAACAGACGGCCGCUCACGAUCCACCACAAGUCUCCAACCCCAGGCCGGUGUCGAGUAUCCCGAACUUGCUCAACCUACGAGAAGAAGCAGCCCAACUCAUGAAGAGCCUGAGAUGAGUUAUAUCAAUGUUCAGAGACCAUCAGCCACCCAGAUCCAAAGUCCACCUCGCUCUUCGCCAGCAUCCGAGCAUGAUGCAGACGAGCAUCUCGAAAACAGUGCAGCACAGCCAGAGGUAGAGCAAGAGGAAGAAGAUGACAAGGACAUUUGGCAAGAGGAAGCAAGCCGCUCUAUAGUCGAUGAAGAAGGUUCUCCUGAACAGACUGACUUGUUCCUGGAUGACCUCGUCGUCAAGCCUCGCAGGAGUAAAAUCCCUGGUACCUGGCGUCGCACCUCUGGUGCAAGCUUCUCAUACAGUGAUUCUCCUGAAGCUCAGGAACGUCAGAGUCGCAAGAUUAGUGCCUCUACUAUGGGCACCUCUAGAAAGAGUAGCGGCGUCAUGACACCGCCAUCAUCCGACGACGGUAGUGUUGCCGGUGGAGCGAAAUCGAACGAAAAAGUUGCCUCAGCAAAUGCCACAGCCGAUGAAGAGCUCAGCCAGUCCGAGUCUGGUGAUGAUACCGGGUCGUUUUUCCAGCAGAAUCUUCCAUCUGUGUACAACAAAAGGACAACAAAACAUGUUGCAGACUCAGCAAAGAGCAGUUUUGCACCUAGCAGUCCACUCAGAAACACAGUUCUGGAUACCAGCCCCAUGAAAAACGUUCAUAGUUUUGAGAAUGGCUCAAGUCAGAACCUUUCCGCUGGUCCGUCACCGCUUCGCAGAAGCCUGGUCAAGUCUAGCAACAUCAACAACAUUCGAACUACUCGACGAGGCGAUCAUGUCGACACUUCGGAGACGCAGACAGACUCAAGUCUGGCUUCUGAUGCGCAGCAGAUUCAGAGAGAGAUGAGAGGAAACACUAGUAGAGCUGCAAGCACCAUUUCAGGCUUGACCUCAGGAAGCCAAUUGAGAGGAUCGAGAAGGACGGCAAGCGUGAAUACCAUUGACCUCACUAUCAGCGAUCCUUCUGAACAAGAUGUUUCGACUGUAUCCUCGAGGGCAAGAAGCUAUCAGGAAGAUCUGAAUCUGGACUCGCCAAUGCGUGUCAAGGUCAACUUCAACGAUGAUGCUGGCAACUCGACUCUCUUGGAGCCCAGACGACAAUAUCCCCCGCUGUUUGAAAAUGCCCCGACGUUGACGAAACCCACGAUCGAGUCUCCUGAGAUCACCCAGCCCAGGUCACCAUUAAUGAAACUCACUGAGUCUUUUUGGGAAGCCGUGACCAAGCCUCCAGUAUAUGCAUCGCCAAAGUGGAAGACAUCGGUUAUACUGGAGGCUGCACCAGUGCCCACGGUGCCUGAUCAUGUCUUACGUUUGCGCCGCAAGUAUGGUCUACUGCCAGAUACCCACCCGUUCAUAUAUGCACACAUCCGUACACUGCAUCGCAUGCUCAACUCUACACGCUCCAAGUCCGGUAGCAGCAUCGUACCACGCAGCGGACCUCUAGGUCAUGGUCUAUCACGUCUGCUCGGCAGAACCAGGACCAACGAACUAGAUCAGCAAUUUGUGUGGACGCAGACACACCUACAUGUCGUUGACUCCUUCAUGUCGCUACUCUUGCCACAGGAAGAGCGCGAUCGCCUACAAUACGACACUGGUUCUUGGGGUGAUGCCGAAGCGCUUAGACAUCGCGGACGCGACUCCAAGGGUAGAUAUGGCGACGAAGUGGUGUUCAAUGGCAUUAAGGGUGGCUUGGUUGAGGCUUCGUGGGUUGCAGACGUGCUUGUUGAUAUUGUGUUCAAAGAAGAGAUGAACAUGAAGAAGAAGAGAGUUGCUGAGAUGAUGGCUCGCGCCGAAAAGAUGGAGAUGUAA